UGAAUAGUCGAAUUGAAAAGCUGUAAAAUAAAAAUCAGCAUCUUUUAUUGUCGAAGAGCAACAUGAAAAUCCACCAUAAGAAAUAAUGCUUUAUUGUAUCUAUUUAAGCACCGAAGAAAAUUUAUUCAGCUCAUGAUUGUACAUUGUAUAUGUUUCAUAUUUAUCGGAAAAAUCGUUUGUCAUUGGAGCUUGACGCUGACGUAUGCUGAAGAUACUCUACCAUCUCGCCACGCGCUUAUUAAGCCCCCACAAAGUCGUUUGUCAAGCGAUUUAAGAGUUAAGGUAUCACCCUUUCCCGAACGUUUGUCGAUGAUACUUGGUUGUUAUUUUGGUUAGCGUUUGGGACGCAAAAGUCCCUCGA